AUUGACAAGUCCAGUUCCAGUUCAGCACUUUUUCCAUCAAAUAGUUUACCUUUACAUAUUUUUACAUGAUUGUUUAAAUAAAACAUUUGGUAUGUUAUAGAGUGGUUUUGUAAAUAAAUUAAACAAACACAAAAUACCAACUUCGUUGCAUUAAUGAAAUAGAAUGAUUUUCUAAAAAACAAAAGAAAAAUAAUCAUAAAAGUCUGCAUGCCGAAAUUGUAGUGAAUCAUCUCCUUCAAAAAGCCAUAAUGCCCAUAGUAAAUAUUUUGAAAAAAGCCUCUAGUCUAAUCCUGGGUGAAGAAAAGUGCGACGAAAAAAUCGAUAAUAUCUAUGAAGACAACGAAAUACUUUUUUGCAAGAACAAUGUCUGUAUCCAUCCCCCGACUGUAGCUCGACAAGAAUCCGAUAUUCUCCACUAUCCAGGAUACCUGACCGUCACUACAAAGACAUUCAUUGAUCAAUAUAACAAUGCCAAACGCCAUACCUUGCUUCUCACCUGGAUUCCCAAUUCAUCACUUUGCAAGUGUUCAUCAUCCGAUGAAAACUGUCCAGCAUUCAUGGCUGCAAUUAGGGCUCAGGAUCAGACAAGUCUUGACCAACGUAUAAGUUGCUUGAACAAUUGCAGCACUGCAUCUGGUGAUAAAAACUCGUCAAAUGGUGACAAAGCACCAGAAGAAAAUGACGUAGCCAAUCAGAAGGAUGAAAAAGAGGAUGCUGAUGAUAUGCGAGAGCUUAAAAACGAACUUCAACCACUUUUGGGCGGGAAUUCUGCUACAAUUGAGGACUUACAUUCCAUGCUUAAGAAAAACCCAGUAACAUCGGUGAACAUCACCAUCGCCAAUCCUUGCAUUGAGAAUACUACGUCAACUUACAACUGUGUUGGUACUGAACGAGACAAGAUGCAACUUUCCGAUUGUUCAGACGACAACAAUCCCAACUGGAUGACUCCCGAGCUUCUAGCUUUCAAACACAAUCUCUCGUUUCCCGAUAGCGCUAAUGCAACUCCGACUGUUAAGCGGAAAACUCUGGUUAAAUGCCGAAGAUUUUCCGUAGAUCUCAGCCAAAUGCGAUCACUCCGUUUGUUCUUCAACGAUGACAAUUGCACCUCUGGCCAGUUGGUCAUUGCUUCAAGGGAAUCACAAUACAAGAUUCUGCACUUCCACUACGGUGGCUUAGAUCACCUGGCUCAGGUGCUUCACCAAUGGCAUUGCUUCUUGCAUAACAUAACGUUGGCGCCCAGUAGCCAAGAGAAGCAAAAUCUCCCCUACCGGCAGUUUAUGGUUUGUCGCCCAGAGGUCAAGAAGUCCGAACUGCAUCCAGACGAGGGAAACGUAAAGAAAAUAACAACGAACUUUUUCUAUGGGACGUUGUUAAAUGAAAAGGGUCAGAUUGACGAUGAUCUGUUGCUGCGCAAGUGCGUCUUCUUUGGGGGAUUGGAGAAGAGCCUGCGAAAAACAGUAUGGCCGUUUCUGCUCAAGUGCUACUCAUUUGGCUCUACCUUUGAAGAUCGAGCUGUGCUGAUCGACAUUAAACGGCAAGAAUAUGAAGAGAUCACCAGUAGAAGGUUGUACUCGAUGUCGCCUGAAGAGCAAAUCAUGUUUUGGAAGACGGUCCAAUGUGUGGUUGAGAAAGACGUCGUCCGCACGGACAGAUCUAAUCCUUUCUUUUGCGGAGAUGACAAUCCCAAUACUGAAAUCAUGAAGAACAUACUUCUUAAUUAUGCCUUUUACAAUACGGGAAUGUCCUAUUCGCAGGGCAUGAGUGAUCUACUGGCACCGGUCUUGUGCGAGAUACAGAAUGAGUCCGAAGCGUUCUGGUGCUUUGUCGGCUUGAUGCAGAGAGCUAUAUUCGUAUGCACUCCUACUGACAAUGACAUCGACAGGAAUCUUAGCUAUUUGCGCGAACUAAUACGCAUUAUGCUACCCAAGUUCUAUGAGCACCUGCAGAAGCACAACAAUGCACUGGAGUUACUAUUUUGCCACCGUUGGCUUUUGUUGUGUUUUAAACGAGAAUUCACCGAAGCUGUUGUGAUUAGGAUGUGGGAGGCUUGCUGGUCGAAUUACCUCACGGAUUACUUUCACUUAUUCCUAUGCUUGGCUAUUAUUGCCGUCUAUGCUGAUGAUGUGAUCGCACAAAAUCUACGGGCAGAUGAGAUGCUUUUGCAUUUCAGCUCACUUGCCAUGUACAUGGACGGCCAGCUGAUUCUGAGGAAGGCUCGUGGUUUAUUACACCAGUAUCGUCAAUACCCCAAGAUUCCUUGUACUUUAUCGGGGUUGUGUAAGCGUUGUGGACCAGGAAUGUGGGAUUCUGAGCAUAGACCCGCCCUCGAGUGUAUUGGACAUACCGAUGAUGAGAAAUGCUCACUUUCAAUUGACUAAUGAUGCAUAUUUUGUGUUGGUUCGAUGCAAGGAAAAGAAAUUAAAUUAAAAAUACAGCACACUAUUUCUAUCAAAAAUAAAAACGAUAUGAAUAUUUAUUAUUAUAUAGUACAGUUUCUCCAAGUCCGAAAAUGUUGACGCUAUUUUGUUUGUAUUUCUGUAUUAACGCGCAUUGCUAGCACAUAUAUGUAAGAGCAUCAAGAUGUGAAACCAAAGACAAAGCUAAUAUUGCUUCUAGUAAAUAUAUUGAAAACUAAUGUGAAAUCAAAAAUUAAUUACGAUGUUAUGCAUAAAUUUAAUAAAAGAAAAAAUGUUUGUUCGACUCAUGCCUCUAUCAUGCUUAGU